UCUUGGCCCGCCUGUGGUGGGAACAGACUGCUGUUGCCGCGGGACCGGCUAUCAUGGCUCCGGCUUGGCCGCGGCCUCUACCGCAGAUCCUCGUGUUGGGAGUCGGGUUGGUGUUGAUGCGCGCCGCGGCCGGGGAACAAGCACCAGGCACCGCCCCAUGCUCUAGCGGCAGCUCCUGGAGCGCGGAUCUUGACAAGUGCAUGGACUGCGCUUCAUGUCCAGCGAGACCGCACAGCGACUUCUGCUUGGGAUGUGCAGCAGCACCUCCUGCCCCCUUCAGACUGCUCUGGCCCAUUCUGGGAGGCGCUCUUAGUCUGGCCUUGGUUUUGGCGCUACUUUCUGGUUUCCUGGUCUGGAGAAGGUGCCGAAGGAGAGAAAAGUUUACUACCCCCAUAGAGGAGACUGGUGGAGAGGGCUGCCCAGGUGUGGCACUGAUCCAGUGAGGAACACCGGCACCGGUGCCCACUCAUCGUCCAUUCAUUCAUUCUGGAGCCAGCCUGGCCUUCCAGACAACCCAAGCCAGACUCUUCCAACCACAAGGGGGUGGGGUGAGGUGGUGAUUCACUUCCCAGGACUGGGCUUAGGGUUCAGGGGAGCCUUCCAAGGUGGCUAGAUUGCCCUGUCUCUGGUUCCAGGGCAGGGAGCCUCAAGCUGGGUCACAAAGCGACACAUACUAAGGAACUGCAGCAUUUGCACAAGGGGGUCCCCUGCUCCCCCCAAGUCCUGAAGACCUGGAUGAUUUGAAGGGCAGGCACAAUAGGUCCCACCCACUCAGAUGGGCUGAAAUUCGACUACACUUAAGUUUCAGCCCUGGGAGUGGGUCAGAUUUAGGGACCUGUACUUAACACUAAGGGGGCUGGCCCUCUGGGAGGGCUGGCCCUAAUACAAACACACACACAACCCAUCCUCUAAAGGGAGGAAUAUUUAUUUUGGGGAUAAAGUUUGGGGGGAGGGGAGAUUUAUUAAUAAAAGAAUCUUUAACUUGAAA